AUGGACAGCAUUGUUCGCAUUUCUGGGCUUUUAAUGGGCGCAAGGUAUUCUAAAAAGCGUCACAAGCCUCGUAUAAGCAAGUCCCAGAUCCCUUGGCUUCUACGUGGAGCUAUAAGAAGCAAUAAUGUUGGUACUCUUCAGUAUCUCUUCAGCUAUCCUAAUGGUGUAGAUCCAAGUAUGGUCAUCGAUGGAGUUUGUCCACUCAAUUUGGCGGUUGAACUAGGUUAUUUACAAAUGGUCAAAAUACUCAUUAAAGCAGGUGCAGAUAUUUAUGUUGCCGAUGCUCCUCGAUACCCACUUCAUCAAGCAAGUUUGUAUGGCCGUGCAGAUAUUGCUGAACUGCUCAUACGAUCCGGUGCAUCUGUAUCAGCGCUUACGGAACGGAGACAGUCUUGUUUACAUUUGCUGGCACAUCAAACUGCUCAACGUUAUGUUGAUACUGCGAAAAUUCUAUUGAAAUAUCAUGUGAAUCCAAAUACAUUGGAUGAUGAUGGUCUUGCACCGUUACAUCGAGCAUCAGUUGAAAUCGUUGAAGUUUUAGUUGCACAUGAAACAACUGAUGUCAAUAUAUGUAGUCGUGAUUUGGAUACACCUUUAUUAACCGCCGUCAAAGAUCGUAGAGAAUUAAUUUUAAUUGCUCUUAUACGAGCAGAUCAACAAUUUCGUGAACAACAUCGAAAAAACAACACUACUACUAGUACAGUGGCAACAACGACAACUGCAACUACAUUAGAAACUCAAUCAAAUGAUGGACAAUGUCGUGUUAUAACGUCAGCUCUUCGAACACCAUCUUCAAAAUCAUCAAAUUCUGCAUCAUCUCGAUUUACACUGGCUUCAGCAACAAGUACAAUUUUUCGUGGUAUCAUUCCAAAUGAUUGUAUUGUACCACCACGUGCUUCAUCUGCAGCUUCAGUGAAUCUACACUCAAUAUUGAAUACAAAUCAUUCAAAACCAUUGAAUAUAGAUCGUCAUAUUUUAUCAUCACAAUUAUUACGAAUGAAACCAAUGAAAGUUUUAGAUGAUCAUGAUACGGAAUUAGAAUGUGAUACAAAUAGAAUGAAUAUACGUUCAUGUAUUCUAAGAUUAAGUGGAAAAAAUCACAUCUAUUUAAAUUCUGAAUCAAAUGGUUUUACGGAUGGCAGUGAUUCACAAUGUAUUGUUAAAUCAACUUAUAGUGGUAGUUCUAAUUUAACACAUACUAUUGUACGUAAACCAGAAAAUUGUCAACGAUGUCAUAGUGUAGGCAAUCCAAGUGAUGUGGCUCGUUGGUGGCAAAGUUGUGAUCGAGUUCAACGUAUACUUUGUAAAACUACACUCAUCAAUACUAGUAAUAAUAAUAAUAAUAAUAAUAGUAAUAAUGUUAAUAAUCCAACAUCGCAAACAACACAACUCCCACUCAAUCUUAAAAAUGGUCAGCAGUCGAAUACUGGUACAAUACGACCACGUUUAGAUAUAGAUCGACCAGAUAAGAUUGGUAUGACACCUUUAAUGAUUGCAGCAGAAGCUGGUUCAAGUGGUUUGAAUAUGGCGAUAGCUUUAGUGAAUGCUGGUUCAAAUCUUUCGCUCACUGAUAAAGUCGGUAUGACCGCUUUACAUCAUGCAUGCUAUGUUGGCUCAUUAAAUAUGGUACGUUAUCUUAUGGAACGUGUUCAUCCAAUAAUGUCUUGUAAUAAUGUGACGACAACCACAACAACUAUUUGUACUACUACGGCGACGACGACGGCCACUACGUCUGCAUCAAUUUCAAAAACUAACAAUCUAUUGAAUGGUUCCAAUGCUCGUUUGUCAUGUCUUCUUUCUACAUCGAUUAUAUCAUCAUUAAAUGCACCGACAUCAAUAUGUCCUACUAACAAUAGUAAUAGUAACAUAAAUGUCCAGUCGUCAAUGGUAGGAUCAGCACCACCGCCACUAACCACAAGUCGUCUUUCAAAUCCUGAAUUAAUAAAUACUCAAGAUAAAUAUGGUCGAACUUUAAUUUAUCUCGCUGCAUGUCGUGGACAUAGUGAAGUUGUCAAUUAUUUAUUAUGUCAUUCAGCUGAUAUACAUAUUACUAAUAAAGAAAAUAAAUCCCCUUUAUAUAUUAGUGCUUAUUUUGGUUAUUUGGAAAUUACCAAUGCCUUAUUACGUCAUGGUGCACAGGUUGAUCAAAUGGAUUCACAUCGAAAAACUCCACUGUAUGUAGCUACUUAUCAUGGACGAUCAGAAAUUGUCGAUCUUCUACUAGCAGCCGGUGCUAAUGUUAAUGCAGCUGAUAAAAAUGGUAAAACUCCACUAUAUGUUGCUGUAUUACAUGGACAUUUAGCAUUAGCACGUAAAUUAUUAGACGCUGGUGCAUCCGUUAAUCGUGUAGAUCGUGAAGGUCUUGGUCCUUUACAUAUGGCAGUUAAAUUUCCUAAAUUAGAUAUACCUAUGGUAAAACUAUUAUUAAAUUAUGGAUGUGAUCCAGUAAAUUUAGCAAGUUUUACACGUUGGUUAUUAGUACAUGGAAUAAUUCCUGAAGAAUGUAUUCAUGGUGAUGAUGAAUUAGCUCAAUGGUUACGUUGGGAAGAAUGUAAUGUACAUUCAUUAAAACAUAUUUGUCGUGUAGUUAUACAACGUGCACUUGGUUAUGCUGAUUCAUUAAGAAUUAAAGCAAAUCGUUUACCUUUACCAGAGCAUUUAAUCUCUUAUGUAUCAAUGAAACAGUUAUAAUGAUUAAUAUCUUACAUAGUUUGUUUGUUUUUUCACCUCACUUCCUUAAUCAUC